AUGUCGCUACUCAAAGAAAAGAGACAAGUCUUGCAAGCUGUACAGAGAUUAUUCGAUAUGUUAUCUCGAAAAGGAACAACUCCCACUCAGGGUCUGAUGCCCCGCAAACACAAAGCAAGGAUCGUGCUUGCAAAGUGGACAGUUUUUCUGUGUCUUUUCUGUCUGUGUGAGGCAAGGUCCUUUUCUCGACAACUCGAGAAUGUGCCGUUGCGCUGCUGCGCGGCUGUAUCAUACCCGACAUUAUACCGGGAUGAAAGCAAAGAGGUAAGUGUGCCGUUCAAUUCCAUCGUGGAAAAAAUGGACCGAUGUGUAACUGAGGAGGGAACGAUGCGAGAAGAUCCAGAUUGCAAUUGCGACAUGGCCGUUGGUGGCUGGAUGGAAAGUGAUACUCGCCUCGGCAAGGUUGACUUUCUUCCCCCAUUCCUUAUUGAUGGAAUAGGAAUCGCGACGCACGUAGACGAGACUUCAGUGGCGUCUGCGGGUGCUUUCUUUCUAACAGCUUUCUCAUUGGCAGUGUGGGGACUUGUGGUGAUGCUCUCCGUGGUGUUUACAUUUCUCAAAAUGCUGGACAGACGGUUUGUUCCUCCCGACGAUUCAUACACGCCGCUCCCGGCUUCCGAACCUCGGCUUCGAAGGAUUAGACACUAUCUUCUCAAAAGUCGUAUUCCUUACCGCUUGAGAAAAGCACUUCAGAGUACUCUCAGUCGAAUGGUUGGGUUUUCGAAUUCAGACCCUGUUACGGACAAGGAAUCGUCUCGGCAAUGGGUUUUGAAUUUGGUCAUAGCUUGUUGCAGCCUUUUCAUAAUUUUGGCUUAUGAAUCAUCGAUGACGUAA